UUUUAAAUGCGUUGCCUUUGGCGUAACCAUGGCUACCAUUGAUUCCGCACAAAUGUACACAAUCGAAGAUUUUCCAAAAUGCACCGUUUUUCCAUCGUUUUUCUUUUAUUUUGGCUGAAUUUGUGUCAAUGCAAAUAUCUAGAAGGCGAGAUACACACCAGUGACAAUUGGGCUUUUCUUGCACGUUUUUGCUUCUUGUCGGAAGACGGCCAGUUUGAAUAUUUUCUCGAAUUUAGUGACGAACAAGGAAAUCCAAAUUUAUUGCUUUAUUACGAUACGGACGACCAAUGGCCGGCCGUAUACAAAACUAAUAAGAAUUGUUACGAAAAAGAAGCCGUGCUUCACGUCGAACAAAACCAAAUUAUCAACCUAACAACAACUAACAGGUUUUAUCAAGAAUUGUCAGGUUGUACGAGCAAACCUAGCCCACUUCCGACACCCAAACCCAAACCUAGCACAACCUUAUUACCGAAAAAAGCAACAAAAAGUCGCAAAUUACGACCUACGACUACGAUUAAAACAACAACAAUCGCAUUACCAACGCCUAGAACAACACCUACUACAACUGAAGAUGUGACAACAAAAUUUGUCGAAGAUUUCAAUUACACAACUUUAGAUUUAAAAAGCCAAUGGGAACACAUCGAAAUCACUAAAGCACCAAUCAAGAAACGAGCCGUAAGGCCACCACCCACUCCCCAAAUCCGGGGAAAUACCAUCAUGUGUCACAACGCCCGGAAAUUCCGGAGCGCGCGUGAAAGGUGGUGGUUCAUAGCUUUGAGUAAUUGUAACGGAACGAGAGGAAUUCACGUCAAGUAUAAGAUUUUAAUGACGAAUGGACCACCGGGGGAUUACUGGCAUGAGCAUUUCUCAGCCGACGAAUUCUAUAUUCUCCCAGUCUUGAUGGCAUUCUCCAUCGCCUACUCGUUCCUAAUGUUGGGCAUAAUCGUCUGUUCAAUUGAACUAAAAUCGCGCCAAUUGUUGCACACAACGUACAAAAUUUUCGUCGUUUCGGUCAUUUUCCAACUGUUUGGAAUUAUUUUAACAAGUGCCGCGUAUUUGAAAUACGCCGUUAAUGGGCUAGGUCCAAGUCCUGUAAAACGAGGCGGCGCCAUUUUCAUGGGCGUGUCUGAGACACUAUACAUGCUUCUCCUGCUCUUAUUGGCUAAGGGCUUUACGAUAACACGCGGCCGGCUCCCAUUGGCUGCCAGUGUCAAACUUACGAUUUUCAUGUGUUUGUACGUGGUGACGUACAUUUCGAUUUUUAUUUACGAGGCCAAUGUUUUCGAUCCGGGCGAAGUCCUGUACUUGUAUGAAUCACCGGCUGGGUAUGGACUUAUCAUUUUGAGGGUUUUGGCCUGGUGUAUGUUCGUCUAUUCGACGGUUUUUACCCUCAAACAUUACCCGGAAAAGUCAAAUUUUUAUUAUCCGUUCAAUGUGUGUGGAACGAUGUGGUUCAUCGCAGGGCCGGCUUUUAUACUUUCGGCCAAUUCGUAUAUUGACAAGUGGAUUCGUGAGUCUGUCGUUUGUGCCGUUUUGCAGUUUAUCACCUUCGGAGGCCACCUCACGUUUCUGAUUUUGACGAUGCCUUCAGUGGCCAAUAAAAAUUUCCCGUACCACGUCCGGACUACUCAGAUCGGUAUAAUGGAACUAACCGGAACUUCCGGCAGUAGUACCAUCCAACAGUUCGGUCAUCACGUCUACGAACCGUCAGGUACAGUCCGUGAAACAGUGAUUGUACCUUUGACACGUCGAACUGAAGAAAUAUUUGAAGGAAUGUACAAUCAACCGGUGCACAAUAUUCGUAGGGAGAGUUUAAAUGAAGACUUGAGUAACACUAGAAACUUAAUGAUGGAAAAUGUAAUUAAUUGGUCAUUGGCGCGAAAUAUUGCAGCUUUAGAAAUGCCCAAUUUCGAGCGAAUUGAACGCAACAGUUUUGUUGCAGAACAUUCAGACAACGAAUCGGUUAUAACCAGUCGACGAUCAUCGCAACCCAAUGGCCACUUUGACGAUUACGUCCGAGAAGUGCCGAUUCAAUUGUUUACGGUUAGCAAAAUGGUAACCGGCAAUAAUGACACUCCUAAUGGAAAAACUGUUUAAUUAGCACAAAUUUUGUAAAUUUGGAACUUUUUACAAGUCCAGAAUCGACGAACUAAAGCAAUAGGAAUAUACAGUUUUGUGUAAUUAAUGUGUUACUAAUUUUUUAUUGGAAAUAAAAUACAAUCUGCCACAUAA